AUGCCUUACCAGCCCUUUCACAUAUGUUUUGACAAUUUUUUCACAUCUUUGUCACUUCUAAAGGAGCUAAAAUUAAGGAACAUUAAGGGAACAUGUACUGUACGUGAAAACCGGAUCCCACAAUCUCCAUUUAGCAAUGCGGCAGUUCUGAAGAAAAAGACACGAGAUACAUUUGAAUGGGGUGUUGCCGAUAAUGAAAUCGCAUUAUGCAAAUGGAAUGGCAACAGCGUUGUUACUUUAGCCACCAAUGUAUGUUUAGUUUUGCCAGUAAAUAAGGUCAAACGAUUUUCACAGGCUGAAAAAAAGCAUGUUUAUAUAGAUCAGCCUCAAUUGAUCAAGGCAUACAACGAAAAUAUGGGAGGUGUAGACCGUAGUGACCAAAACAUAAGUCAAUAUAGAGUUUCAGUACGAGGCAAAAAGUGGUAUUUUCCGUUAUUUUUCCACUGUGUAGACAUGGCCUCACAAAACUCGUGGCAACUCCAUAGGAAUAAUGGUGGUACUCUUGACCAACUUCAGUUUAGAAGGGACCUAGGGACACAGCUGCUCGAAACGUACAGGAAAACAACUAAGAGAGGACCUUCGAAAUUGCCAAAAACUGCAUUCCAAUUCUCACGUCACGAUAGACUAGAUCAUUUAGUUACAUAUCACGAGAGUCAGCGGAAAUGUGCUGUGUGCCACAGUUGGUCUUCACCCAAAAAACUGUUUUGUGGACUAUUAUACAAAUGA